UGUCAGAGAAGGGAGGAGGAAAAAAGAGGGAGAGUCGAAUCUGUCUUCUCCUUUAACAGCCAUCACAGUGAAUGUACGCCGGCCUCUUUCUAGUUUCUUAAUUUAACGGUACAGUGCCGAACGAGUCUGUCGAGACUCCAGGAGACGUCGCGGAGGAGAUAUUAGCUUUUUUCUUUGUCGCUGCUUGACCACAAGACGCCGGCUGUUUCUUUCCAUUCGCCGCAUCCAGAAGAGUAGCGGAGCCUCUCGAGGCUUUCUUCGUGGCAAGGCCCCCGGUACAUCUGUGGAAAUGUUCACCCCGGAUGUGUUUUCGUGAAAAUUCCAAACGGAAUUAGCCCUUUUCCGUAUAAAGCCAGUUACAAAAGAGGCUAGUCUGUUAGCCUGCGCUGCGGUUUAAUUAUUCGCCUUCCACGGGACAUUUGCUUCUUAACCUCUGGGAUCAUCCUGUUAGCGACGCCGUCUGUCCACCGGAAUGCGGCGAUAAAGCCGAGGGGCCGGGAGAGAGUGCCCCCCAUUAGGGGGUGAGGUGGGGGUGUCGAAAGUCAGGCCUGGCUUUGGGCUAUUUACUUGUUUUUCUCGAUGAUGCUGAGUUGCUGGAGCUGCGUGGAGCUCACUGGACUCUUCGCCGUGCUGCCUUCACGGACCUUUACCAUGAAGAUUGUAUGAUUGUGCCCCCUGAAAUUAGCCGUGUCUGUUAUUGACAGCCACAGGGUGUGUUGUCUGGCCUGUGUACAUAAUACACAACCGUCUGCUCAUUUCCCUUCUACUGACCGGAAUCGCACUCAGGGACGAGCAUGUCUUUAUUACGCGCCGCACUGCCCGGAAACGAGCGGAACACUGAUCAUCACACUUCACUGUCCACCAGCCGCUCAGAAAAAGGCUCAGGCUGGUCCAGCCGCUCGCUGGGCGCCCGAUGCCGCAACUCCAUUGCCCUCUGCUCGGACGAGCAGCCACACAUCGGAAACUACCGGCUGCUCAAGACCAUCGGCAAGGGCAACUUCGCCAAGGUCAAACUGGCGCGACACAUCUUGACGGGUAGAGAGGUUGCAAUAAAAAUCAUUGACAAAACACAACUCAACCCUUCAAGCCUACAGAAGCUUUUUCGUGAGGUACGCAUCAUGAAAACCCUCAAUCAUCCUAACAUCGUCCAGCUUUUUGAGGUCAUAGAGACAGAAAAGACUCUCUACCUGAUCAUGGAGUAUGCGAGUGGAGGGGAGGUUUUUGACUACCUCGUGGCUCACGGCCGCAUGAAAGAGAAAGAGGCCCGCGGCAAGUUCCGACAGAUUGUGUCAGCUGUGCACUAUUGCCAUCAGAAAAACAUAGUUCACAGGGAUUUGAAGGCAGAAAAUCUGCUGCUCGACGCCAACUCUAACAUCAAAAUUGCUGACUUUGGCUUCAGCAAUGAGUUCAUGGCCGGGAGCAAGCUGGACACCUUCUGCGGCUCUCCGCCUUAUGCCGCUCCCGAACUCUUUCAAGGCAAGAAGUAUGACGGCCCCGAAGUUGACAUCUGGAGCUUGGGCGUCAUCCUCUACACACUUGUGAGCGGCUCACUGCCUUUUGAUGGCCAAAACCUGAAGGAGCUACGCGAGCGUGUCCUCAGAGGAAAGUACCGCGUGCCCUUCUACAUGUCCACAGACUGCGAGGGCAUCCUGCGCCGGUUUUUAGUCCUCAACCCUACGAAACGAUGUUCGCUGGAGCAAAUCAUGAAAGACAAAUGGUUGAACGUGAGCUACGAAGGAGAGGAGCUGAAACCCCACAAAGAACCUGAGGAGGACUUCAACGAUACUGCCCGCAUCGAUGUUAUGGUUGGGAUGGGCUUCACCAGAGAGGAGAUCAGAGAUUCUUUAGUCAGUCACAAGUACAACGAGGUGACGGCCACGUACUUGCUGCUGGCACGCAAGAACGAGUUCGAAAGCAGCGUGUCCCGCUCCGGCAGCAAUCUCAGCCUGGCUCGCGUCAGGCCAAGCACUAUUGCUAACGGUACCAGCAAGCACUCCGCUUCCUCCUCUGGUGCUACGUCCUCAACUCACAAGCCACAACGCAGCGUCUCCACCUACCAGCGCCAGAGACGACACUCAGACUUUUGCGGUCCAGCAGCUCCUGGAUCAGCACAUCCCAAGCGAAGUCCAAGCAAUGUUGGAGAAGCAGCCGGGCUAAAGGAGGAUAGGCUCUCAAUCCGCAAGGCCAGCAACAAUGCCGUCGGCUCCCGCAGCAUCCCGACACCAUCCAGUCCAAUGGUCAGCUCGGCCCACAAUCCCAACAAAGCAGAGAUUCCUGACAGACGCAAGGACGCCACCUCCACAACGAAUAAUGUCUCAGGUAGCGGCAUGACGCGGAGAAAUACAUAUGUUUGCAGCACAGACAGACACUCGCUGCUUCAAAAUGGCAAAGAAAACAGUUCCCUUUCCCACCGGCUUCCCCCUGCCUCUCCCUCCACCCACAGCAUUACCGGCGCGUCAGCCUCAUCUUCAACGUCAACGCCUUCCUCGCGUCUCUCCCGUGGCUCCACGGCCAGGAGCACCUUCCACGGCGGGCAAAUCCGCGACCGCCGGCCACCCUUGCACUUGGCGCCCGCCUCGCCGACGCCGUCCCACGACUCUGGCGGACCCCCGCCCAGUUCCAGGACCCCACGCGCCACCAGCAACUUGCUCAGCAAGCUCACCUCCAAGUUGACCCGCAGGGUCACAGACGAACCUGAGAGAAUCAGCAGAUCUCCGGUCACAAGGUGAGUGACUAGAAAGAUUUUCUAUCUUCUACAAGACUCGCAUAUGUUUUACACGUGGGGUAUUUUAAAUUCACAAUUGUUUGCUUGAUAUCUUUCAAAAGCCUAACAGUGUAGUGAUCUCAUGAGUAGCAAUCCAGGCGUAUAUAUUUAUGUGGUUCAAAAAAGUCAUUUUCGAUAAAUUUUAUUUUCCGAAAGUAUUGUUUAUGGAGGAAAAAUAUUAAUUUGAAGUGUUUUUUUAAAAAAUGUUUUUCUUGUAUUUUUGUUGAAAUAAAUGUACUUAGACAUAUAUUUGAAAGUUAUAUAUUUUAGAAUAUAUUGUACACAAUAAAAAAGUAAAAAAUUCUUCCUUACAGAAAAAGUUGUUUUUUGGAAUUGUUUACAGUGAAAAAUAUUUAUUGCGGACAGAAAUAGGACUUUUGUGUUUGAGCGGAUAGAAAGACUUGUCGUUCUAAGAUAAACGUUAUUAUGAGUUAAAAUAAUUUGAUAUUGAAAUCCCUCUUGAUGUCAUCUUACAAUUUUGAAAAUUAUUAUAACUAGUAGGUCGCCGUUGUUGUUGACGUUGGAGGGCAGUGACGUCACUGGGUUACGCUACCGGGCUUCCAGAGUAUGACACUAGUGACAUAAACAUGUCAUCUGUUCUACCCUUUCAAUUUGAACCGGAGAGGAACAUUAAUGACCAUGACAGCACUGUCGAUAUUUCACAAAACGAGCAGCAUAAGCAACAUGAACAGGAAAGACUGGAUGAGACGAGACGAGAGUAGGAAGAAAAAAAAACGGCGAAACGUCACACAAGAGGUGAAUUUGAUACCCAAAGUACUACUGUGCGCUUUCAGCUUGUUUUGUGUAGAUGCAUACAGACAGAACAUACCUUUAGAAAAUAUUUCAACGUAGUAAUAUCAAAUAAGGGUGGUUUAAAUACACUACGUGACUAAUGUGGUCAACAGAUCAACACUCUGCUUUAAAGGUACCACAAGAAAACACAAUGCCUCAAAGUAUGAAAGGGAAACACAUGCAAAAAGUAUUUUGAGGCAAUGAAAAGACUCAAUAAAAACACAAAUGGUAAGUGUUCGCCGCUUUUAACGGAUGUGCGCAUAUGUUGGACGUCUCACCACGUAGGAGGAGUAGCAAAAUAACGGUAGUGUUCGUCUAGUCGUUGCGCGUCCAUUGCGCGGAUAAAACAUGGCGCUCUCCGCAGGUCAAAAUGUGUAUUAAAUAUUAGAGAUUUUUUUUAAUAAAUGGCAAUUUCGUAUUUGUUUCUGAUAACAUUUUUUUUACUAAAAGAGAACAAUUGUGGCCUAUUAGAGACUACGAGUCUUUAAGUCCGAGGUUCCCUUUAUGGAACUGAAAACUUGCCAAGAGAUACGCUCUAGACUGCUGGAAAAAUGUCCAGUUUCAGAGUUAUUAAUCUAUGUAAUUACUUAACUGAAUACGUUGUCACUGCACUCUCAUUGGCAGUGUUUUAAAAUAGAUUUAAUGGAGUUAUCUUGAACUUUUUAGAGGGGGGUGCUAGUGGCCUUUAAGUCCCUCACAAACCGUUAUUAGCUCUAGUUUGCCAUCUAUAUACCGUAGUUAUUCAUUUCUUUGUUUACGGCUUAUCAAAUGUUUAUUUAGGUUAGAUAAGUACCUAGCAUUAGUAAAGCUUAAAAUGACAAAGUGCUCCUUUUGUUUGCUGAAAGUUGUGUGUGUUCUCUCUCAGUGUCACUGACUAGAAGCAGCAGGUAACGUUAUCUAGUGCUAGUUAGCCGUGUUGUGUGGCUGCUUGUGCUAGAACAUCAUGUUAAAAAAAAAUCUUAUUUUGAGAUCUUGGACCUCUUUUUUCAUCUCUAUAGGCAUGUAAUCUACAAAAACUUUGAUUUUGUUGUGUAUAUACAUGUAUAAAAAGUGAAAAAACACAAACUAGCGGUUUUUUUAAUAAAGUUAUCAAAUAUGAAAAGCAUAAUUAGUAAAAAUUAAAUGAAUGCAUACAGUUGUACUAACUAAUGCCUUGAUUUUAACCCACAAUGUGUACUUUGGACUAGGUAUGGCAGUAUGAGAUUCUGACUGUACGAUAACUUUAUGCAAAAAUUUCACGGUAUUGAAAUUGAAGCUCUAAAGUGUCUUUGAGAUAUCUGGGUUGCAAAAAAAAAAAAAAAAAAAACUUUUUUCCAUUGAACAGGGAUUUUUAUUUUUCAAAACAAAUGAGCAAAUUUGAACAUACCUAUAAUGUUAAGUUAAAAUCAAUUUAAGAAAUAACAAUAAAAUCACAGAAAUAUUCUAAAUACAAUUAAAAUAAAUGCAGUCCUUUAGGUGGGUGUAAACCCACAGCCACAGCUCAACAUAAUUACCAUCAGAACAAAAAUGAUUGAUUUAUUUUCCAUAAAAAGCACUUGUGUAUGACUCGUAUCAUGUUUACAUUAUACACACACUCUUUCUCAACACAGACCGUUGACAAAGAGAAAAAAACACAUGUUUUACCACCGCUAGACACACUAGUAAACAUACUGAAGUUUUCUUCGAUGCUGGUAAAACGAUCAGGAAUUUUACCUAGUCCAGCCAUCGUAUUGCACAGCUGACUCGCUGACACUAAGCCAGAGGUCGGCAACCCAAAAUGUUGAAAGAGCCAACCCAAAAUGUUGAAAGAGCAAAAAAACUAAUAUGUCUGGAGCCGCAAAAAAUUGAAAGCCUUAUAAUAAAGGCAACACAUGCUGUAUGUAACUAUAGUAGCAAUAUUAGCCCAUGAUCAAUAUGACUAAAAACAAAUACAGCUUUCAUGAUUACCGUAUUUUCCGCACUUUAAGGUGCACCUGAAGGCCUUUAAUUUUCUCAAAAGCCGACAGUGCGCCUUAUAGUCCAUGUGCCUUAUUUAUGGAUCAAUUUUAGUCAAUCAUUACAUGACAUUUCGUUUAGCUCAUCUCCAUCUUGUGGAUGCAUAACGCUACUCCAACCACCACUACUACUUCUACUACUGCGCCUUACAAUGCAGAGUGCUCUAUAAACGAAAACUGUUUUAAAAUAGGCCAUUCAUUAAAGGUGCGCCUUAUACUCUGAUACGUUUUAUAGUGCGGAAAAUACAGGAAAUGUUUUUCUCCGCAGUGAAUCCGAUAGAAAAUGACACACCCCAUGACUACUCUGUUGUACGAUGCUGCCUCAAGUUUAACUUCAUUACAAUAUUAAUGAAUAAGAAGAAUGUUUAUGUAAUGUUUUUCCUCUACGGAAACCAUAUUAAGGGGCCGUUUACAUGGUGACUCUCCGAGAAUACGAAACAUUUCAAAUUUGCAUUUGCGUCUCCAUUCGAACAAUGUCGCAAUUCCGCAUGGAAACGAUGUAGUAUUCAUGCUCGGCCCUAGGGGGCAGUGCAGAUUUACAGGGCGACAGAGAAUGAUGCACUUUGACCUUACCAAGCUCCCUCAGCCCGGAAAAAAUUAUGCCCGCCUAUUCGAAGCAAUGGCAUUUUUCUUUUGUUCAAAAAGGCACAAAAAUGGAAACAUUCAACAUAUUUAAUUUGAAAAUAUUAUUAAAACAGUAAAUUAAAGCCGAAAUUCCGCCAUAUUUGCUGUUUUUAAUGUUUAGUAGCACCGCUGCGCACGCUCAAUGUGACGUGUACGAGUGCUGACGUUAUCGGCGCUGUCUCGCGCCGCGGCAACCUUUGAUAUGCAUGCCGAGGAAGCCCCCCUCAAUCCCCUGCAAUCGGAUUCUUCCACUUUGGAGGCAGGAUUCAGAAUUUUUCGUCUUUCGAGGCGAGUCCGCUACUCAGUCAUUGUGUCUUUGUGUUGCAGAGUCUCCAUGUAAACUGCCCUUAAAACUAAAAAUAUAUUUCCCUCCCCCAUCUUUUUUGUUUUCAAACAUUUUUGAAAAAGCUCCAGGGAGCCACUAGGGUAGCGCUAAAGAGCCUCUCGAGCCGCGGGUUGCUACCCCAGCACUAAGCAAUAACCAAUGGGGGAGGUUUGAACCUUGCAGCUGCAAGCGAGGGAUUUCUCCCUGCAUUUUUGGGACAUAAAAAAUAGCUAAUACCGUAGGGACGGUACGACAGACAUUUUUUUCAGUUUUGAAACGUGACAUUUUCAUACCAUGGUAUACCUUCAAACCGGUAAUUGGCACGUCUACUUUGGACCCAUGUUUUGACUUAUGAAAGACUAAAGAGUGGCACUUUGCCGACGUUUAUGCUGAACACGUUUGGAAAGUAAUCAGAGAGUUCGUAAUUGAAGGUAACGUCAGAUAGGACUAAAAGAUUAGUUAGACCGGUGUUCUGUCGCAGCAUGGCUCAGUAGCGUGCUUCAGUGGAGGCCAUGUUGGUAGGGGCAACAUUCUAAUUAAAGGCAAUGUGAAGACAUUGAAAAUAGAUUAGUCAACCACUUCUCAAAAGUUUUUUUUUUUUCUAGUAUAUUAAGUACAUUUGUUUAAAGUAUGUGUAUAUUAACCACUAGGCUCAAACACUUUUAAACUGAUAAAAAAAAUUUUUUAAAACAUAUACAAAUUGGACUUUCAUUUAUCGUGUUAUAUUAAAAGCUAAGAAAUCUUUUAUACACCAUGGACCUCCACUCUUUGUUAGUAAAAGAAACUAGCCUAGACUGCAAACAGCGAAAAUCUGCAAAUAUUUGACACUGACUUUAUGGCAUUAGGAAAUUAAUUUUAUAAAAAAGAAAAUAAAUUAUGUAUUGACAAAAUAUUUUCACAAAUGAGGACUUGAUUCUGGAAAUAAGUGGAAGUCCACUGUAUAAAAGAUCUGUUGCAUACUCACUGUGCUGUAGAAUAGAGACAGUUACUUAGGAAAUGUAACUAAU